CGAGCAUAGGUUCGUAAGUAUACUCCUUGUUUAGAAGGCAGUUUUCCAAAAUACAGCGAGCAGAGCAGAGCAGUCUUCGCCAGUCUUUUCGUACACGAUUGAUGAGUUAUCUAAAGUUAUCACAAAAUUCCAUGUAAGAAAAAUGGAUUCCAGUGGUUUAUUUAAUUGUGCUAUCAGAGUGAAAGAGGAGCCUAGCGAUGCGGCCGCGCUUAAUGAAAAUGAUUCUGGAACGAUGGACGAGAAACCCGAUCUGAAAAACUUUCAACCCUUAGCAUUUCCACCAGAAAAUUUAACCUUUCAUAAAUGUGACAAAAAUUAUGAACGUGAACUUGAAGACAAUAUGAAAAUAGUUUUUGAAUGUGAAGAUGUAAAGCCCAAAAUGAAUUCAUCAGCAAUUAAGAAAAUUGAAGAUUAUUCUUUAAGUCAUGUAAAAGAUGUCGAUGGUUGCAAAACUCAAAACAUAGUUAAAAUAGAAACUUCAAAGGAAUUGAAAAAGGAAUUUUUUGGUGACGCUGUAGAAGAAUCCAAUGUGAAUUUCGGGUGUGAAUUGGUUGAACAAGAGAAAAAAAGAAAAAUUACAAAUAAAUUAAAUAACGACCAUAGAGUCAAAGUACAUACGCGUACGGUACAUAAUGGUACAACCCACUCAUCUAAUAUUUGCAAAAAUACAUUCUCACGCAAGGGGUAUCUCAAAAGCCACAUCGAAGUGACGCACAAUGGUGUCCCGCAUACAUGCCGAAUAUGCGCGAGGACAUUCACGAAAAAACACACACUUCGAAUCCAUAUUGAUGGGAUGCACAAUGGUAUCAGAUAUAAAUGUGACACUUGUGAAAAAUUGUUUUCACAAAAAGCUCUUCUCAAAAGGCAUGUAGAUACGGUACACAAUGGUAUCAGAUAUACCUGUGAUAUUUGUGAAAAGUCAUUUUCCCAAAAAUAUUAUCUCAAAAUACACAUCGAGAUCCACAUGGACGCGAUGCACAAUGGUAUUAACUACGCGUGUGAAAUAUAUGGAAAGACGUUUAAAUGUAAGGGUCAUUUAAACAAGCAUGAUCAAUCGGCGCAUCGAGGUAUCGUUCACUCGUGUGAUACAUGCGGGAAGACGUUUACAAAAAAGAGCUAUUUAAAAAGGCACGUGAAAUCAUCGCAUUAUGGCGUCAAACACACAUGCGAUAAAUGCGGCAACUCAUUUACCGCAAAAAGUAGUCUCAAAACGCACACAGAUGUGGUACACAAUGGCGUCACACAUACAUGUGAUAUGUGCGGAAAGAUUUUCAAACGAACGGGUAAUCUGAAACUUCACAUCAUCAAGGUUCAUGUGAUACGUGCGACAAAAAAUAUGAACGUGAAAGCUACCUGAAAUUCCACAUAGGUGUGGUGCAUCACUCAUGAGUGAUCAUCCUUGCAAGAAUUUAAACUUGAUAAACUUAUGAAAUUCCAUAAAAAUGUUCCAAAAAUUAAUUUAAAUAUUUUCAUUUACAACAAAUAUUAUAAGUUUCUUUAAUAUUAUCUUAUUAAUAUUAAUAGUAUAAAGUUAAUCAACCUUUAGGUUUAUGUCAAUUUAAUUGUAAUAUUUGUAACUUUCCACGCUCUUUACACGCCUAAAAUUCUGCAAACUUUAUGUAUGGGAACUUGGUCGCUUCAAAACGUUUUACUUCAUAGCGUAAAUCUAUGUUAUGUUCUCCCUUUUUUUAAAAAAACAUUUCAAGGAUCAUCUUUAAAAUAUUAAUAAAUUAUUUUGUCUGCUCUAC